GUUAUCAGAGCACCGUCAAAUUCAUUCUUCGCAAUACUACACAUCUACUUUAAAUUUUCUCUGACUAUGCUAUCCUACGGAACUGGAGGAAUCUACCAGAUUCAUCAAGCUCCUCUUCGAUUUUCAUCGGGCUACUGAUUGAGUAUUAAACUGAAAUUACUAUUUUUUAACCUCUGGCACAUGACCAUAAUAUGUCAAACACUAAGGUAGAAAAUUUUUUUCAUGUUUGCUUGUGGAUCUUGCCAUACCUAGGACUUCCUUUGACUUUUGCUGCGUAUCCGACACCAAAAAUGACUGCAUAUGAAAAGGAUUUGAUAUUCCAGGAGAGAUUCACGAAGUCUAAAAUCGUUCCUGAAGUGAUUGAUAAAGUACCAUUUUACGAAGCGGAGGUGAAUACGCUAUACGAAUAGCUUACAUUAGAAUUGAGACGCUCUCAUAUGGUCAAAGCAUGUUGCCUGCAGGGCUUAUAAUAGUUGAAUGGCGAUCUGCCAAAACGUCCGUCAUCAACUUGGAGUUUUACAAUGGAACUGUAGAGCUUGGCAACGACUUCAUAAUUCAUCAACUUUGGCGGGAACCGGCGGAAAUUCUCUGGCCGAUUGACGAUUUCGGACCCUAUUUUUCACUUGUUUUUCUGGCUCCCGAUCACCCAGAUCCCGCUAUGCCACGUUUUCGAGAGUACUUGCUGUGGCUCGUGGUUAAUAUAAGAGGAAUGGACAUCGAAGAAGGUGAUGUCAUUGCUGAAUAUAUCAUGCCACCCCCUCCUGAAAAAAAGGGUCGCCAACGCUACGUAUUUUUAAUUUUGCAGCAGAGGUCAACUGGCAAGCAGAAAAUUAUUGAAGAGUACAUACCACCGUGCCCUGAAGACGAUGCUCGAGCAAAUUUCUCAACGAAAAAUUUCAUGAAGAAGUACGAUUUUCACCACAUUCCGGCAGCUGGCAAUUUCCUCCACAUCAACUGGGGAAUGACUUUGUAGCUUAAAGUCCUUUUUAGUGUAAUUUUUCUUAAGUCAUUAUCUUCUUUGUAUUUUAUAGCAUCUUCAUUGCGAUUAAUAAUGUUCGUCAUUAUUUACCAAUACCCUUUUUAACUUAAACAAAAAGAGAAAAAAACCCAGAAAAAGUUCCUAUCAUUCCAACAGAUCUUGCCACAAAAUUGAUCAUUUUCGAUACAAUUUGUUUCGAAAAGUACUCAUUACCAUCUAUUCAUUCUUACAUGCUAUGAUUGUUGAAUCAUGUUACUUGUAUACUAAUCUAUGAUUAAGAGGCAGUAAAUAUGACUUGGGAGUAAAGUUAUAAAAUGCCGUUCCUCCACUGUAAACAACGCCUUCAAAAAGGAAGAACGCAAAUGUGUGUAUUUGGAAGUGCGGAAGUUCUGGCAGAACCAAGCCAAUCUGAAUAUCGCAUAUGACACGAGGACUCUUCAGCGCUAUGAAGACGAAGUGGCCUUGAAGUGUAUGAUCAUGUGAUCUAUAAGCAUCCCCACCUCAUUCCAACAACUAGUUCGGUCGCACAUGAUGCUCUUCAGAAGAAUAUGUGAGCAUCUCAAAAACUGUAGUAAAAUUUUUCCUAUAGCUUACCAA